AUGCUGGAACAGAAGAAUCUGGGUACUAUUACUGACAUUGUUAGCGAGGAUAACCGGUUCAAGUACUGUUUCUGGUCACUCGAUGCUUGUAGGAAGGGAUUUAAGUUCUGUCGUCCUGUGAUUAAUAUCGACGGAACAUUCUUGAAGACGAAGUAUGGGGGAACACUGUUAGUUGCUGUUGUGUACGAUGCAAACAACCAAUUAUUUCCGUAUUUCUUGCGGAAGUUGAAGGAAGCCAUUGGUGAGGUUGAAAAUCUUAUGUUCAUAUCAAAUAGGCAUCAAAGCAUUGAACAUGCUGUUGAUGUUGUUUUCCCAGAAGCAUGCCACUGUGCAUGCUUCAAGCAUAUUACCAUGAAUGUCGUUCACAAGUUUAAGACUGAUGUAUGCAACCAGCAAAUAUGGCUUGCAGCUUACGCAUGGAACAAGACGAAAUUUGAUAGGCAUUUUGAGGUGCUGAAACAGAUGGACACUGCCAUUGCUACAUACGUCGAGCAAAUAGGGUUUGAAAAGUGGGCUUGUCCUUAUUGUCCAGGCGAUCGUUACAACAUAAUGACAAGCAACGCUGCCGAAAGCUUCAACAAGGUGACAGAAGAAUUCAGAAAAUAUCCAGUAACUAUUUUGGUUGACUUCAUCAGGUUCACACUUCAAAAUUGGUUUGCUUCUCGUCUCGAAAAGGCUAGUAAGUGCGCUACUCCUUUGGCUACUACUUUUGAAAAUGAUUUAAAGGAUCAACACAAAGAUGGUAUGUUCAGGAGUGUCCUUCGUAAUGGUGCUCAAUUGUUUAACGUUGGUACGAGUCCUCAAGCAGUUAGUCAGAAUGUGAGCGUGUACGCACUUUGCUCUCCAUAUUACACAAAAGAAACGUGGAAGAAGAUCUACGAUGCCACAAUUAAUAUUGUUGGCGAGGAGGAUGAGUGGGUACUACCAGAACACAUCAAGAACAUAAGAAUCGGGGUACCAGUAGAGAAAAAACCAGUAGGUCGGCCUAGGAAGAGCAAUGCAGGACUAUAG